UUUUUCCUGACUUUUGUAAACAACAUGGCGACUGACGGACUGGUCUUACUAGAGGACUGAUCAAACACUGACCUGUCAAGCCUUCAGCUUUUAGUGUUACAGCCUUGUCUUUUAGUCCGUGUGGAAUUUAACUAUCUAAAAAAGUAACUGGGUCGGAGCGAAACGACAUAUAACUGAGGUCGAAGAGCUGUCAAGCAGACCGUUUGGCAGCCGAACGGCCAUCUGCAGUCUAUGGGCUCUCAGUCCAGUUCUGGGAUGUCUGGUGGAAGGAGCUCUUCCAGUGACAACCCAGCUGAGCGCUCUGAAGCAGCAGAACCGAACCGGAGCAGUAGCAGGAACCGCAGGACGGCAGACAGGCAGCAGGCGGACAGGCAGUCAACAUCAGAGGAGGACGUCGACUUAGCUGAAGUACUGGCUUACCUACUAAGGAGGGGCCAGGUCAGACUGGUCCAUGGUAGUGGAGCCACGGGGCUACAGCUGGUCCAGUCAUACUCUGACUCUGAUGAAGACAGCGAUGGAGCCUGGGAGGGUCGGCUGGGAGACCGCUACAACCCACCAGUUGACACCCAGCCUGACACACAUGAAGUGGAUCGAAGUGAGAUUCGGACUCAGAUACUGCUAGCGACUGCCUCAUCUGCUCUAAAAGGCCGACACAGUUUCACCCACAUGUUAACAGAGAGAGAGCAAGGCAGAUGUAGAGGCUCCAGUUUUUCUCACGGGGAGUGCAGCCGGAUCCGCACACAUUUCUUGCCAAACUAUGUGUCCCACAAGGAUACGUACCAGCAGAAAGCUUUUUGCGGCGUUUACAGUGACGAUGGCAACAUGUUCCUUUCUGCUUGCCAAGACCAAAACAUCCGCCUGUACGACACCACCAAAGGCCGCUUUAAUUUACGGCGAACAGUGAAGGCUCGAGAUGUGGGCUGGAGUGUGCUGGACGUCUGCUUCACCCCUGACACUCACCAUUUGCUCUACUCCAGCUGGUCUGACUACAUUCAUUUGUGCAGUAUAGAAGGAGACAAUGAGAAUCACACCGCCUUGGACCUCAAUCCAGAAGAGAGGAGGUUCUGCGUGUUCUCACUGGCUGCAUCCACAGAUGGCAAAGAGAUUCUGGGAGGAGCCAACGAUGGCUGCCUUUAUGUUUUUGACCUUGAGCAGAAUAAACGAACGUUGAAGAUUGAUGCCCAUGAAGAUGACGUGAAUGCGGUGGCAUUCGCUGACUUCUCAUCUCAGCUGCUUUUCUCAGGCAGCGACGAUGCCCUGUGCAAGGUGUGGGACAGACGGACGCUGAGGGAGGACAGACCACAGCCUGUCGGACAGCUGGCCGGCCACAGAGAUGGCAUCACUUUCAUCCACAGCAAGGGUGAUGCUCGCUAUCUGAUCAGCAACUCUAAGGAUCAGUCCAUUAAGCUCUGGGACGUCAGGAAGUUCUCACCCAAAGAGGGACUAGCAGCUUCCCGCCUGGCUGUCACUCAACAAAACUGGGACUACCGCUGGCAACAAGUUCCCCAGAGAGCUCUAAAGAAACACAAGCUAACAGGCGACACCUCGGUGAUGACGUACCGUGGUCAUGGCGUUCUGCACACCCUCAUUCGCUGCCGGUUCUCUCCAGAGUUCAGCACUGGGCAGAGAUUCAUCUAUUCUGGCUGCUCCACUGGAAAAAUCAUUAUCUAUGAUGUCCUGACGGGUGCCGUGGUCUCCAGACUGUCCGGCCAUGACGCCUGUGUGAGGGACGUCAGUUGGCAUCCAUAUGAGGACAACAUCAUCAGCAGUUCUUGGGACGGAGCUGUCCGAAUGUGGGAGCACAGGCAGACCCAUCCUCUGGAGGAGGAGAGAGAGCGGGACAGGGGGACUGACAGCAAGUGAGAUGUCCGAGGAAGAGACAUCAACACAAAGGGGCUGCGAUGGGCCCUUGAGAAAUAAACUCUGGCAAAGACUUAAAUAUCUUUUCAAUUCAAUGCUGGAUUUAAUGAUUACAAUUAUAUAGAGUGAUUGUGAAGUGUUCAUUUGGAAGGCAUUGUAGCCUCAAUGUUAUCAAGGUCAGAAUAGACACUGAGACGGGCAUCUUUGCUUCUUCUUUUUCCAUUUUUCCUCACCUUUGGCCCAGAAUAAGCAGGACUGAAUCACUUCACUUGAUGUGCUGAGGUUCUAACCACUAAGCACUUAUUUAAAGAGCUUUUGGCAUGAAAUGGUAAGUUCCUUCUAAUGUAAUGUUGGAUUUUCCAGGGAGAAACCAAGGGUGAUAAAUUGUGUAUAAAUGUAAAGUAUUUUAAUGGUAUGUGUAUUCAGGGAGUGAAUUUAGGUAGAUGUCAGCCUCCUCAUCGGGGCUGUUACGAAUAACAUGAGUGUGUCCUGUUUCAGGGGAUUGUGAAACAUUUGAGGAAUAAUCUAGUAUUUAAUUUGCCAAACCUGUCACUACGUGGUUGGCUGUUCAGGGUUCAGCACUUAACAAAUUAAAUCAGUGAGUCAAUUCAGAAAGAAUAUUGGUUAGAUAAUGCAAAUCUGUGAUCUGCUCCAAAAAUGAUGAUUAUAUGUGAAACUAUCAGUCAGAUUUGGUUGUGUGUGUGUGUGUGUGUGUGUGUGUGUGUGUGUGUGUGUGUGUGUGUGUGUGUGUGUGUGUGUGUGUGUGUGUGUGUGUGUGUGUGUGUGUGUGUGUGUGGAUUCAGACUUACACACUGACCUGUAUAUGCAACUUUCAGGUGUUUAUAUCAAACCCAUCUUUCCCCAUUUUACAGUAAUAAUAAAUACAUUUUGUUUAAAUGUAUCACAAAGAAACAGCUUUGUUGUACAUUUGCAGCCCUCUAAAAUAUUAAAAACAAUCACAUGAAA